AUGGGAGUGGAAAACCGGAGCACCGUGGUGGAGUUUGUGCUGCUGGGACUGGCUGAGAGCAUGGUUCUACAGACACUGCUGUUUGUGCUCUUCCUGGCCAUGUACCUGGUGACCCUGUCAGGGAAUGCCGUGAUGGUGCUGCUGAUUGGGGUUGACCCACGCCUCCGCACCCCUAUGUAUUUUUUCCUGUUGCAUCUUUCACUGUUGGACAUGUGCUACUCCUCGGUCACAGUGCCCCAGAUGCUAGUGCAUCUGCUCUCAGUACACAAGGCUUUGCCCUUUGCUCGCUGUGCCCUGCAGAUGUACAUCUUUCUGGCCUUUGGGAUGGCUGAGUGUGUGCUGCUUGCCAUCAUGGCCUAUGACCGAUAUGUGGCCAUCUGCUACCCCCUGCACUAUGGCACCAUCAUGAGUCGGCACCUUUGCAGCAGGAUGGCAGCUGCAGCCUGGGUCAGUGGCUUCCUCAACUCUCUGAUUGUCAAUGCCUUUGCAUUGCAUCUGCCCUACCAGGGCCCCAGUCAUAUCAACCAGUUCUUCUGUGAAGUGCCAGCUGUCAUUAAACUGGCAUCAGCUGACACCACCACAGCAGAAGUGGUGGUGUUUGUCUUUGGGACCCUGCUACUGCUGGUGCCCUUCCUGCUCAUUGCUGCCUCCUAUGGCCGUAUCCUUGCUGCCAUACUGCGCAUUCACUCAGUGGAAGGUCGCCAUCGGGCUGCCUCCACCUGUGCCUCCCACUUGCUGGUGGUGAGCCUCUUCUAUGGCACAGCUGUCUUUGCCUACAUGAGGCCCACCUCAGCAACCUCAUCUACAGGCCAGGACAAGGCGGUCUCCAUCUUCUACACGGUAGUUACUCCUAUGCUGAAUCCCUUGAUCUACAGUCUGAGGAACAAGGAGGUGAAGGGUGCACUGGGGAGACUUGCCACCAGGAAAAUCUUCACCAAGAUGUGA